AUGCCCCUGGGGCUGCGGAGAAAGAUGAAAACCAAGUCCAAGGAGACCGCUCGGCUGGUGAAGGGCGAGCAGGCGGGCGCGAGCGGCGGCAGCCUCCCGGACCCCCCGGUUCCGACACACAAGCUGGUUUUCCACACGCAGCUGGCGCACGGCAGCGCCACGGGCCGAGUGGAGAAUUUCUCCAGCAUCCAGGAGCUCUACGCCAAGAUUGCGGCAGUGUUCGAGAUUUCGGCGUCGGAGAUCUUAUACUGCACGUUAAACACACCUAAAGUUGAUAUGGAAAGACUCUUAGGAUCACAGAUAGGUCUUGAAGAUUUCAUAUUUGCCCAUGUGAAAGGGAUAAAAAAGGAAGUAAAUAUACAUAAAUCUGAGGAUUCACUUGGUCUCACCAUUACAGAUAAUGGUACUGGCUAUGCUUUUAUAAAGAGAAUUAAAGAUGGUAGCCUAAUUGACUCCAUUAAAACCAUCUGUGUGGGGGAUCAUAUUGAAUCCAUAAAUGGAGAAGAUAUCAUUGGGUGGCGUCACUAUGAUGUUGCUAAAAAGUUAAAGGAAUUAAAAAAAGAUGAACCCUUUACCUUGAAGUUAAUAGAACCUAAGAAGGCAUUUGAAAUAGAACCAAGGUCAAAAGCUGGAAAGUCCUCAGCAGGAAAAAUUAGUACUGGAAGGGAGACACUUCGCCUGAGAUCAAAGGGUCCUGCCACCGUGGAAGAAAUGCCCUCUGAAGCCAAAACAAGAGCAGUUGAGAAGAUUGAUGAUCUUCUUGAAUUGUACAUGGGAAUUCGAGACCCUGAGUUAGCUACCACAAUGUUUGAAGCUGGAAAGGACAAAGGUAAUCCAGAUGAAUUUGCUGUGGCACUUGACGAAACUCUUGGAGACUUUGCGUUCCCAGAUGAAUUUCUCUUUGAUGUUUGGGGAGCCAUCGGUGAUGUGAAACGAGAAUGA